UCAUCUGUCAUCUGAGAGAGAACUCCACAAAGACUCGAUUUUUAUAGACGGAGAUAACAGUAGAAGCGAUUUCAGGCGAGAGACAAUCAAUCUGAUGAAAGCUCUUCUAAAUCCUGAAUCUUCCUUUUGUCUUUCUUCGAUUUCUUCCUCACAGAUCAAGAGGUCUUUACACUUUAACGGAUUGAGUUCUUCAUGUCUCCGGUUUCCUUUAACCGAUUUUGCCGGACGUUUACGGCGGCGGAAGCUCACUGGUGGGUUGUGUAUAAAGGCAGUUUUGGACUCUGCAAUGAUGGAGCAGUUAGGGCUUAAGGAAUCAGAUGUUAAGAAUCCGGCUUUAUCUUCUACUUAUCGGGGAUCGGAGAUUCCGAAGCCAAACCUUACUGUUCUUGAUGCUCAAGCUAGGGUUUGUACAGGUCCGACUCAGACUAGGCCUCUUAGUGAAGAACAAGCUUUUAAGGUGUUUGAUACUAUAUUAAGAUCAGCUAGAGGGGAGCUAAAAGAUGAAGAGCCUGUUUCAAAGGCGCAACUUGGGGCUUUUUUUGCGGGAAUGACAAUACGUGCAAAUGCAUUUCCGGAGGAAACUCAAUGGAGCGAAGGGGAAAAGCGGGCGAUGGAUGUGUUUUGGCCACUCUUGGUUAGGGCACUACCUCCUGAUGUGCUCUUUAUUGCUGAUCCUGAAGGCUCUCUUUUGGGUACGGGAAAUUCUGUUGGACCAACUUUUGUUGGUAAUGAAACUCGUGAGAUGAGAUUGGUUGGUGCGCUUAGAGAGAUUUUGGCUGGAGGUCACUUAGGUUAUGAGGAGGUUAAGGGUGUUUUAAGAGACGUUCUUCCGCUUGAAACGGAAGGUAGUUUAAACUCGGGAGUAAGCGAGUCAUUGCUUUCGGCGUUUUUGAUUGGUCAACGUAUGAACAGAGAAACAGAUCGCGAGCUUAAAGCUUACUGCCUUGCAUUCGAUGACGAACAUGGGGCUCCUCCAGUUGCUGAUGUCAAAUCCUUAACCCAUUAUGGCGAGCCUUAUGAUGGGAAUACUCGAUUCUUUCGAAGCACUUUGUUUGUGGCCGCAGUUAGAUCUUGCUGUGGUGAAUCUUCAUUGCUCCAUGGCGUGGAAUGGAUGCCUCCAAAAGGGGGUGUGACUGAGGAACAAAUGCUGAAGUUUAUGGGAGCAAACACACACUUGUCUGUUCAGCAGGCAAAAGAACUCAUCGAGGACGAGAAGGCUGGAUUUGCAUAUCUCAGUCUACGAGAAGCUCGGCCAUCUUUAUAUUCACUAAUCGAAAUGAGGGAGCAUAUAAAGAAGCGCCCUCCUCUGGCAACAACGGAGAAAGUUCAGCAAUUUGUGAGGGCGACAGGGAAAGAAGCCAUUGUUGCUGGGUUUUACCAUGAAGGCUACGAAGAGCCUCUCUUAAUGCUUAUGAGACGAAGAGGUGUCCAUUCUGGUUUGGUGGUUAAGGUUGAGUCUCUCUCUUUUACCAUCAAAUAUAUAUUAAUGCCCUACGAGCUACUACACACUUGGGACGUAGACUUAGAACCUGAAUUCUGUUGGAAGCUCUUUCCAUAUGAAGGUGAGGAGGGGGCCCUUUCAAUGACAACACGGGUGCGAGCUGCAAGUGCAUCAAAAGGGUUUCCAGUCAACUACUGUUCCGGGUUUCGUUCAUUGAGUUCGGACACGGCUCUAGAAGCUGACGGUGUAUCGCGUCAGAGUUUCAAUCUUGAGGUGGAUGCGAGAAACUAUGGGUUUGAACCAACCGAGACUCCACGAACUGAUCGUUCGGUGUCAAAGAACAUAGAGCUGGGGCUGGCAGCGCUUCGUGGUGAGAAAGGAGCGGCUUAUGAUAGAAUCGUCCUAAAUGCUGGGAUUGUGGACCAUUUGUUGGGAAGUGAAGGUGCAGAGGAUGUAGCUGUGGCAAUGGAGAGAGCAAAGGAAGCUAUUGACAGUGGGAAGGCUUUAAAGAAACUUUUGAAUUACAUAGAAAUCUCACGCAAGAUAAAAUAGUUCAACCAACCUGAAGAGUCUGAAAAAUCAUACACGGAAUAGAGAAAAGCAUACACCUUUCUGAUUCUUAUUGAUUUCGUUUUGUGUAAUAUGUUUUUGAAACUUGAAAGUGUUUUUUUACAGAAUUGGACACACAACACAAUGUGGAUGUCUAGUGAAUCACGUGUACAGAGUCUGAGAACAAAACUUGGUUAUUUCUAAUGUGUUUAAUGUUUCUUAAUCAUUUUGCACAUUCAUGUUACUUAAU